AUGCCUCGUAGCAACAGUGGGGCUGACCUCAGGGCUUCAUCCGCCGGCGAUGCGGUGAAGUCGGCCCAAGGUACCACCAGCAGGGUCCAGGAGUUGUUUCGCGCUGGACGCAGAAAUCCCGAGAAGGAGCUGGGCAUCCCACUGAAUGAGCUGGAGAGGCGUCAGAGCAAGGCACGUAAGACGCGCCAGUUUGUGAGCGAGAAUACAAGCCGAACGUUCGACGUGAAGAGCUCGACACGAGCACAGCAGAUUAUGAACCGGGGAAUUGACAAGUACCAGCGUGAAAAACGUCAGAGGGACCUGAGGAGCAAUUUGUCAAUGUUACGCAAACUGCAGGUGGUGCUGUGCGUCUUCGGCGCCGGCUUCUUUGGCUGGCUGAGCAUGGCGUACCUCCUGCCGCAUUACUUCGCCGUGCAAGACCGUCAUCGUCGCAUGCAGUUGCGCUACGAGCGCGCGCAGCAGAGUCUCGAGGGCAUCAGCGACAGUGAUGCUGCCGCCGCAGCGGGCAGUGCCUCUGGCAGGGCAGCUGUGCCGCCUGUCGGCCCGGUGGUGCGUGUCUUUCGCGUUGAGGACGGAGGUGAGGGUGCAAUGAGGCACACCAUUCAGUGA